GCUGUAUCUCUAUGAUGGUGGGCGUGGACAUAACGUCCUCUUGUCAUAUAAACCCGCUUCGAUUGGUCGAAUGUGUUCAUCGACAACUUCCGGUCUAAUGGAGCACAAUAUUUGAAUUUACCAUCGUUUAGCUCGGUUUGUCAUCCCUACGUCUUGUAUUUACAGCAGACGCGAAUUUGAGCAGGGGAAACAAUGAAUGAUGAUACCCGCAAACUAUUUCAAGGAGUUGCUAAGAAGAUGGGCUGGGCUGACGAGGGAGGACUGGACACAGCAGAAAAAAAGCUGAUGAGCUCGAUUGGUAAAACUCGAAAUAUUGCCACGAGAGGGCAUCGAUCGGUGGAUCACUCGGCCUCUCCGGUCCAGCUUUCCCGCUCUGAUAGUGAAGAUAACUCGGAGAAGGAGAACCAAUACUUCAAGAGCAACGGCUACAGAAACAAGCCCUUGAUUGAGUCCAGCGAUGAGGAUUUUGACCAAUUUCUUGUGGGAAGGGCUACACCGAAGACCAAACCUGCCUCACUGAAGCCACGUAGUGUUGCAAAGAAAGUCAGUUUAAAUGUUGUUGUGGUGAGCUCGGACGAUGACGACGGUUUCGAGACAUUUCUGCAACGAGUGAAAACCCCUAAUGUCAAGCCUAAGAAAAUAUCAGAGAGUGGGAGUGAAGAUAGCCUCAAAAAGUUCAUAGUGGAUGACUGCUCAUCAGAUGAUGACUUUAUUAAGACCAAACCAUCUUUUAAAGUGCCUAAGAAGAGCAACACUCCAGCAGCCCAGCUUCCACCGAGGAGACCGCUAUCUCACUGUGACUCCCCAGUCUUCGUUAGUGACAGUGAUGAUGAUGAUGACGAUAAUAUUGUGGUCAAGAGCACUUGGAGGACUCGCCAUUUAAAACCUAAAACCCUGCCAAAGGCUAACAAGAAUAAUGCUCUGCGGUGUGAUGAAGAGGACAGUUCGCCACCGCUGCCUUUCCCUUCCGUCCAUUCUCCUUUUCCUUUUCCUCCCCACAAAACUCUAACAUCCCUGGCCUCUCCAAAACGCAAUCUAUCUGCACCUUCUAAGCUGAAUGAAUCAGACAGUUCUGAGGAGGAGUUCACAUCCCUGCUGGAGAGACUGAAAAAUAAAAACAAGUUCACUGGCACGACAUUCUCACCUAGGAGCACCCAUGUUCCUCCUGUAAAGACACCUGUAACACCAGCCUCUAAAUUAUUUGGGGAAACCCCUCUGAGUGUGACGACACCUGGAAAACCCAACAUCUUGAAGCCCACAGUGAGUCAGACAGAGCCCAGACACGGCCCCACCAGCAGGGUAGCACCGUGUAAGACCCCCGGGUGCUUCUUGCAGUCAUUAUCAAACCCUGGCUCCAGCUAUGGCCGCAAUUUCAAGCAGAACAAGGAAGAACUCACCAGUAGACUGUACCAGCUGUACAAUACCAGUGUGUUUGACAGUAAGCUCCCCAUCGAUAUGUCGGUGACUUGGAAUAAGAAGAUGCGGAAAACAGCCGGUUACUGUAUCACCGGUCAGGAGCGAGGUGGAGGGAACCGCUAUGGCCGCAUUGAACUGUCGGAGAAAGUCUGUGAUUCUGCAGAUCGUCUCAGGGACACGCUGAUUCAUGAGAUGUGUCAUGCUGCAACCUGGCUGAUCAAUGGCGUGAGGGACGGCCACGGAAACUUCUGGAAGCUGUAUGCUCGCAAGUCCACUAUGGCGCAUCCUGAGCUGCCCAUGGUCACCCGCUGCCACAGUUACGACAUCAAGUACAAAUUCCAGUACCAGUGCACCCGCUGCCAGAACACGAUCGGGCGUCAUUCCAAGUCACUGGACACGCAGAGGUUCGCGUGUGCCCUCUGCAAAGGACAACUUGUCUUACUGACGUCUGCCAAGCCGCGGGCCCCCACACCUUUUGCCAACUUUGUCAAAGAGAAUUACGGGACUGUACGACAGGGGCUAACGGGACAAAGCCACGGGGAAGUGAUGCGUAAACUCAGUGCAGACUUUGCCUCCAAGACUAAACUAAGUCAAAGCUGAGAUCCUGAUGCUCUCUGUACCUGCAGCCAUGGACUGAGCUGCACGUGUUCAAACCUGUUCACAUUCUGAAAUGCAGCUGUGACUAUUGAUAAUGAAUCUAUUUCAAUGUUUUCCAUGUAAUUUCUGUGUUCAUCAGCAUGUGAUUGUUAGACUGGGUCUACUGGCACUGAAAAACGAUCUGAGCCUAAACAUUAAGUUCAUUUUCCCGGGUGUGUGUGUGUGUGUGUGUGUGUGUGUGUGUGUGUGUGUGUGUGUGAGAGAGAGAGAGAGAGAGGCCGUGUCAAACAAUGAAAUUCAUCCCUGGUAUCUAAUAUUUGCUGGAAUCUUCCAGUGAUUGGCAUUGUACUGUACGGUAAACGUAUGAUUUUUAUCCAUGUAUUUUACUGGUUUUAUCUUCCUGUUAGGAACUCUAUAAAUAAAGAUUAAAUGUGACUGUA